AUGGACACCCUCGCCAAGUACGCUGUAGUUCAAGUGAGCGCCACGCGCGUCCGCCGUGCGGAGGAGAAGGAUGCAGAAGGAGGCGGUAAGACGAAGGGAGCGAAGAAGGCGACGAGGAAGAUAGAUGUCAAGCACGCGACGGAAAUGGAGAUCGCACAGUCCAAGGAGGCUCCCAGCGCUGUGUCAGCUGCGGUGGGCGUGCCCAUAGAUGCCGCUGAAGUGAAAGAGACGGCGCAGAACAGCCAACCUGCGAGCAUAGCGGACGCGGCCAAGGACACGGAAGGCAAAGCGAAGACGACUGCCGAUUUUGUGCCAGUGAUGGUAGAGGAGGUUCUGUCUGACAUGCUGAAUGUUGUUGCUGGAUGGCCUUGA